ACUAGAUUAAUGCAAUCGGUAAUUGAACUUUAGUCUUCACAAAACAGAAAGAUGGAUUUCAUAAAGUUUGUGAGAAUUGUCAUACUAUGUUCGUCUUUAUGUGAAUCUAGUAAAAUUCUAGUGACUCCGGUAGAUGCUGGCUACAAUAGCAGGUUGAAAAAUAUGAUACAAAUAGGAAAGCUUUUGAUGAAUGCUGGACAUGAAGUAACACUGUUGUUUUCUGAUCAACUUGAAGUUGACGCUUUGUAUAAAUUGGCAGAGACAAAUACUAUGAAUAAAACAUUCAAUGUGAUACACUACAAAAAGCCACCCGUUGAUCCAUCUAAAGACAUGGAUACUUUGAAUCAGGACUGGUUAAAAGGUAUGAUGAAGAAGAACGGAGUGGAUGCGCUUGAAUAUAUUAGUUCCGUAUUUGAUGUAAUAAUCUCCUAUCCUUUAGAAGAUGACAUUGUUUGGAAAAGGAUUUCCACUGCAAACUUCGACCUGAUAGUAAGUGAUGAAAAUGUUUACUACUCAAGGAUUGUAGCUGCGAGUUUUGACGUUCCAUUGAUUCUGUAUUCGAACUGGGGACCAAUGACAUUUGGCGCAAAUCUUGUGCAACGAUUCAAUCUUGCGUUAGUCCCAGCUUUCGUGGAGCCAUACUCAGAUGCCUUGUCAUUCUCUGAAAGAGUAUACAAUGUUUGGCAGUACUAUAAACUUCUUAGAGUGAAUGAAAAUAUUUUCAGCAAAAGCAUUGGGCUGUGUAGACAACAUGGCUACGGGGAGGCCUGUGAUAACAUAAAGGACGCGGAAAAAACUGUAUCGUUGAUCUUUAUGAACAGGAAUGAUGUACUACACUACCCACUACCACUCAUGCCACAUGUUAUUUCUCUUGAGGGAUUUUUCCUUGAAACCCCCAAAUCUUUGGGUCAUCAGUACAAAGACAUCAUUGAGAGAGCUGGUAAAAAUGGAAUUAUUGUUGUCAGUUUCGGAUCAAUGUUCCGUAAACUAUGGCCAGAGCUUCGUACCAUAUUUGCCAAAGCAUUUGCCGCUAUGCCACAAACUGUGAUAUGGAGUUAUGAAGGUCCUACACCAGAAGGUAUUGGAAAGAACACUUACGUGAGCAAAUGGAUACCACAAGAAAGCCUGUUGAACCACCCUGCAACUAAGGUGUUUGUGACCCAAUGUGGUGCCUCGUCCAGUUUUCAAGCUCUGCACUAUGCUGUUCCCGUCGUUGGCGUACCUUUCUUUUGGGAUCAACCUUACUACUGCCAGAAACUGACCGAACGAGUAAAAGCUGGUCAAACUGUACAUUUGGAAGGAAUAACAAGUGAAAAACUCAAGCGCGCGAUGGAGGAAGUAAUUAAGAACAAGACAUACAAGGAGAAUGCCGCAAAAGCUGCAGCUAUAUACCAUGAUCAACCAAUUCCACCAAAGGAUAAAGUCGUCUACUGGGCUGAAUAUGUUAUACGUCACAAGGGUGCACCCCACUUACGAUCUCAAGGUGCGAAUGCAUUGAAUUUCUUCCAGUACUUCUUGCUUGAUAUCACAGCUUUAGUGGCAGCCAUCAUCGUUGCUAUGGCAAUUAUUCUAAUUAUUAUCGUCAAGAAGAGCAUUAGUAUUUUCUCGAGGAAUUUUAAAAAGAACAAACGAGACUAACAUGUACUAGUAUUGUAUAUUGACAUAUAUUUUUUUGACACGGUCACAUUCAUGUCAUUGAACUAUCUGAAAAUAGCGUGUCAAUUGCUCCAUUACUAUAUAAAUAAUGUCUGAGUAACAUAUGGAACUCCUUGAAGAGACCAAAGUUCUUUUGGCGCUUGUACUUGACUUUGUUACCUCGUAAAUCAUAUUUAACCCUCCUCUAGAUAUUUUGUGCGUCAAGUACUCCGGGCAAGUAUCCUAUCUGUCCGUCCAUCCUUUUGUCUCUGUAUGAUAUCUCAAAUGGUUUGACGGAUUUGAUUUAAAUUUUGUAGGCUGGUGCCUUGUGAGCUUAGAAAUUUUUCUCAAGAAGGAUAAUCCAAUAUGGCAAUAAUUUCAAAAUAGCCACUAAUUUUUAGUAAUAAAAAUGUACUUUUUGAUAAAUACCGGUUACAGUAUCGGAUUUGCUCAAAAAGAGAUUCCUGUCUUAUUGAAAUGUGAACUCAAAAUAAUAGAGCCACUACCCGAGAAGGAGUUUCUAACGUGUCAUGUCAAAAUGAGCCAAUACCACACCGGAAUACCCUGACAACGAUAAAGUCAGAUACCGUUGUCACAAAUGGUGGACAUAACAGUCGCUUCAACUCUUUUUUUAUUUGAAAUUUAUUUCAUUAAAACAUAAUAACAUUUGUACAUAUUCGUGGUCGUGACGCCUACAUAUAGGUAUAUAAUUGACCACGAUUUAAAAUCAUUAAUCUAAAAUUUUCAAGUGCUUGAAAGUUCAACACAACAUGACACUGGGUAAACCAUAAUUUUGUGACAACGGUAUCUGACUUUACCGUUGUCAGGCUAUUCCGGUGUGAAUACUAGUACCUGGUUAAUUUUAUCAUAAUAUUUUAAAAUGAUAUGCGUUGGUAUUCUGAAUUUAUUACGCUUACAAUAAAGUGUUUCAUCUAUAUCUAUGGUCAUUAUAAAGAUCUAUAUCGUGUCAUUUCUUGACUCUUUUUAUUUAAAGAAUACAAGAGUUAUGCCUGGGUCACAUUUGCUAAUAUUCAUCGGCCGAUUGAGUAUUCUGUUCACAAUAUUCAGUUUUGAACAGAAUACUCAAUCGGCCGGGCGCCGGCCGAUGAAUCGGGGCAAAUGUGACCUAGGCAUUACACGUAGUAGUUAUAGGCCUAACAAAUUUCCAAGACACCUUAUCUUUCAAAAAAUAAAUCAAGUAUGUUUAGAUUAAGCUGGUACCGGGUACCGGGUAGUAAAUCCUCCAUGCUGGGUUCAAACUUGGUACCCGCUCGAAAAAAACGGGUACCCAAAAAACGAAAAAUACGAAUAUAUGACAUAUAUCAUUAUAAAGCCUCUGUAGUAUUCACCCAUGAAUAUAACGAGUAAUAUUUGAAAAACAUGACAAAUCAAUCUUACUCUAUUUUCAAUAGUUCGUAUGUUACGUGAAUUGUUUUGAUUAUGCUUUAAAUCUGUAAAUAGCUGAUGAUUUCACUAUAUUCCCCUUCGAAAUGACGUUAUUGUACUAUUAUUAAAUCCAUUUGAAAGUUGAUUGAUUUUUUGUUAUUGAAUCAUGAAAAUGUAAAGUUUAAGUGCAUUUUAUGGAUUAUUUUGACCUGAUGUAGCCAUUACAGUACUGUAACAUGGUGUACAGUUUGUAUAUUGUAUAUUUGUAUAUUGAACAUCAUGUUUGGCUAUGAAGUAUUACAACAACGCAAUUGUGAUUAAUGGUAUCACCGACCUCAGUUUGGCACUGCAUGCCAUUCACAUUCCAAUUUGUUAAUAAUCAACUUAAAAACAUAAAAAUUUUAUUGAAUAUUCUGUUUGUAAUUACAUCAGAAUGCUACAUUUAUGAAACGUCUGGCAAUGGACAAUAACUUACAGACUUUAACGGAUGAAAUGUAACAUACGGACUGCAACAAAUGGACUGCAACAUACUGACUGUAACUUAACACCAUUUAAUUUUUAUUUCCCACUAAUUAUGUAAACAUAUUCGGUCAAGUCAAGUCAAGUAAACCUAAGUUUCUGAAUUUCCACUAUGUCCCUGUAUACCCCUACUUCAAAAGAUGUAUGUUAUUUGUCAUUUUUCAUUAUGAACCAAACAUAAAUGUAUUUUUUCUUUUUUACAUAUAAAAUGAACUUCCUGUUUCAAGUUCUUACAAUUCAAGGUUAAAACAAAUAUUUUGAAAGUUGUGAUUUCGAAUGUAAUCUUCUACUCAAUGAAAGGAGUGGUAUCGAUAUGGAGAACUUUUGAACACACGUUUCUCUUAAACCAGUCAUAAAAAAUCUAAAAAAUUAACACAUGGUCAAUUUAAUGGUCAUCUUGUGAAUGGUAACAAUAUAAUUUGAAAUAUAUAUAUAUACUUUCAUCUAUAUUGUUUUAGAAAACACACCAAACACUUGUUUUGGGAGAACGUUUUGUUGAGUAUGGAUUCGAGAUGUACUCAAAAUUAAUACGUUAAAAUGUGUAUUAUAAUCUUAAUAACCACCUCACAAAUUAUUUUGGAAAUAAAAGAUGUACGAUAUUUAAGAUUUUUAUUUUCGAAUGUUGACUUAGUUACUCGACUUGACUGAUUAUGCAAUCUGGACUUCCCAAGAAAACAGCUAAAUAACAACAGUAACUGUCAUUGGCCAAUGUAAAUUAAUGGAGCGUUAUCUCAUUGGCUAUUUGGAACUCUGUCUAAGACUUACUUGAAUUUUUUAAUUGAAAAUCUUAAAUGGCUAAAUGCUCGUCCUAAAUAAUCCUAAAAUUCGUAAAAUCAAUGGGUUCAGCAAUAUACAGAACUUAGUACUUACACACACCUCACAGUCUUAUGCAUGAAAAAACAUCCCAAAAUUUAUCUAAAAUGUGGCAAAAGGGAAAUUCAGUAUUGAGAGGGCAUGAAAUGAUCAAAAAUAACUCCAAAAGAGAGGUUUAUCCAAGUUUAAAAUUCUUAAAAAUACUAAUGUGAUAUUUGUACAAAUUAUUGAAUUAUUACAGAUAUUGUUGGAGACUGUGGAAGGACAGUAGAAGCGUCUAAUAAGCCAACACAGACUGGUAGUGUUUAAGCUAUACUUGUAUUAUGAUUGUUUAGGAUAUAAUGUAAAACCUGUGUACAGUGAACACAUAUGGAGCAAUAAAAAAGUAUUCACUGUAGUUAGGUAUUUAAUACAGAGGCAGUUUUAUACAGAACUCAGUGGAGUAUGUACUGAGGAAAUGUGUUCACUUUACAUACACUGCUGUUCACUAGAGCAAGGUGCUCACUAAGACAGGUUUUACUGUACACUAUAAAAUAUUCCGGUUAAACAGCAUAUUCUUUAGACUAAUAAAUGUUCCUGGAGUGCAUUUUUAACUGGGGGUUUUAGAAGAAUCACUCUUGCAAACUUCCAUGCAUUCGUUUUCAUAAUAAAGACAAAUACUGAUUUUUAUGAAAUGCCAAAUUUUCCAUAUAUUUGACCA